AUGUGGGUGCUGGGGAUGGCCACGCAGUGUGUGCAGAUGAAGAACGUGCAGAGGACCACGCCACAGACCCUGUCCAACCUCUGCUUGAAGAUCAACGUCAAACUGGGAGGCAUGAACAGCAUCCUACUGCCCCAGGGGAGGCCGCCCGUGUUCCAGCAACCCAUCAUCUUUCUGGGGGCCGAAGUCACUCACCCACCCGCUGGGGACAGGAAGAAGGCUUCCAUCACCGCCGUCAUGGGCAGCAUGGAUGCGCACCCCAACCGCUACUGCACCACUGUGCGGGUUCAGCUGCACCGUCAGGAGAUCAUCCAGGACCUGGCCACCAUGGUCCGUGAACUCCUCAUCCAGUUCUACAAGUCCACGUACUUCAAGCCCACGUGCAUCAUCUUCUACCGCGACGGCGUCUCCGAGGGCCAGUUCCAGCGGGUUCUCCACCAUGAGUUGCUGGCCUUCCGCGAGGCAUGUAUCAAGUUAGAAAAGGACUACCAGCCAGGGAUCACUUUCACAGUGGUACAGAAAAGGCACCACACGCAGCUCUUCUGCACCGACAAGAAUGAGAGGGUUGGGAAAAGUGGAAACAUUCCAGCAGGCACAACUGUGGACAUGAACAUCACCCACCUGACCGAGUUUGACUUCCACGUGUGUAGUCAUGCUGGCAUCCAGGGAACAAGGUGGCCUUCCCACUAUCACAUGCUUUGGGAUGACAAUCGUUUCUCUUCCAACGAGCUGCAGAUUCUCACCUACUAGCUGUGUCACACCUACGUGCCCCGCACGCGAUCCGUGUCCAUCCCGGCGCCAGCAUACUACGCCCACCUGGUGGCUUUCCGGGCGGCGUACCACCUGGUGGACAAAGAACAUGACAGUGCUGAAGGAAGCCAUACCUCCAGGCAGAGUAAUGGACGAGACCACCAAGCGUUGGCAAAGGCAGUCCAGGUUCAUCAAGACACCUGA